AUGUGGUUGGGAAGUGAAUCAGCACGAAGAGAAAUUCAAAUGGAUAAAGAAAAAGUCUCCUGUCCCAUCUGUUUGGAUCUACUGAAGGAUCCAGUAACUAUUCCCUGUGGACACAGCUACUGUAUGAACUGCAUUAAAAACCACUGGGAUGGAGAAGAUCAGAGGAGGAUCAACAGCUGCCCUCAGUGCAGGAAGGAGUUUAUACCAAGGCCUGAACUGGUGAUAAGCAUAGUGUUAGCAGAGUUAGUAGAGGAAGUGAAGAAGACUGGACUCAAAGCUGCUGCAGUUGAUCACUGCUAUGCUGGACCUGAGGAUGUGGGCUGUGAUAUCUGCACUGGGAGAAAAGGGAAAGCUGUUAAGUCCUGUCUGGUCUGCUUAGUUUCUUACUGUGAGAAUCACCUCAAACCUCACUAUGAUGUUGCUCAGUUAAAGAAGCACAAGCUGGUGGACCCCUCCAAGAAGCUCCAGGAGAUUGUCUGCUCUCGUCACGAUGAGGUGAUGAAGAUCUUCUGUCGUACUGAUCAGCAGUGUAUCUGUUAUCUCUGCUUAUUGGAUGAACAUAAAGAUCAUGAGUCAGUCUCAGCUGCAGCAGAAAGGACUGAGAAGCAGAAGGAGCUAGGCAGAAGUCCAAGCCAGAUCAGGGAAACAUUUCAGAACAGGGAGGUUUCUGAGAUCCAGGAGUCCCUAACCCGGAUUCCGAUCAGAACAAGAACAGACAUAUCCAGGGUUCCAGAAAUCCACAGAGCGUUCAGGCAGGUUCAGAGUUUCAUAAGUCCAGCAGAGAGUUCAGGCAGACACACUCGGAUGGAAACAGGUGAGCUAGUUGAGAGGCAGAACAAGACGUGA